CAUUACCCUUUUAGAAAUCAGUCUUCGUUUCUCAGACUUUUGUGACAAGUUUUACUUUCGAAAUAUCACCUCAGAAUCUUCCGCUCUUUCUGAAUUUGCGAAGUUUUAAUCAAGACAAAGCUUUUAAGUUAAAUAAAAUUAUUCAAAUGUCGCUUAUAAAACAAUGGCAAGGAUUGCCCGUAAUAUUAUCAAUAGUUGUAUGCUAUAUAUAUUCACAGGACUAUCCAACCUACUCGGAACUGGACUUCCCAAAAACUAGAUUCACAUGCAAGAACAAACUUAAUGGCGGUUAUUAUGCAGACAUUGAGGCAGAUUGUCAGAUGUAUCACGUGUGUUCCGCAGACAAGAAUGGAACCAUGAAAGAUACUAAGUUUUUAUGUGGCAACGGUACUGUAUUUGACCAGCGCCAUCUGGUGUGCCAAGAUUACAGAAGGGUCCAAAAAUGUCGCGAGUCUCGGAAAUUCUACAGAACACAGGCUACUAUUUUGGAGUUUUUGGAAGAUAGAAUAAGAAAUGAAAAGAGUACUAAGCAAAUAAUGGAUGAAGCAGAAUUCGAGUCAGCACGCCUGUAUCAUUAACUAUUACGAGUCGGACCGCCUGUAUUUAAACUAUUCUUGUUAUUUGUUUUUCUGUUUUUUGCGUAAUACCUGUUUAUAAUAAAUGUUUCUUUUCUAA